AGCCGCCUGCCUCCGUCUGCCCCCCGCACUCCAUCGCCUCGCCGCCGUUGCCCGCAAACCCCUGUCUGUCGACCCAAUCUCAAUCUCACAUCACCUUCCCCGACGGGACGGGACCCGGCGCCUCGUCCUCCUCUCCAGAUCAGAUCUUACGCCCGCCCGCCCGAGGUAGCAGCAACCAACUGUUCUGCUGCUGCAGCCUUCUUCGCCGCCAAAAGGAAAUGAUGCUCUACCAAAUCCACUCCCAUGCCCAAAUCCAAGACCUGCAGGCCCGCUCCGAUGAGCUGGGCCACUCCAAUAAGUCCAUGCUUGUGAGUCUUGUCUCUCUGGAGUCGGUGCGCAUAGCGCGCGAGUCGUAUGCACUCCUCCGCCCGCUGAUCAUGGAGUCGAGGUCCUGGGAAUGCCCGCAGCUGGAUUCCCUCUCGGACGUGGCAGGCUUGUCGCUGGAAAUCCAAAAGCUCGAGCAUGAUGUGUUACCCCAGCUCAAGCUUCAGGAGGGUAAGCUGGAACGGGGUGCCCUGGAAGCCCUCCUACUCAUGAAGAACUCAGCAAGUAAGCUCUUACAUUUGAGGAAGUGCUUUGAGGAAGCCUUGGGCGUAUUGCUUGCCAAGGAGGAUCUGGUCUCAGCCAAAGUCAAAAGGCUGAGCAUGAUGCUAAACGAUACUGCUGUUCAUGAACUCAAAGCUAACAACACUCGCUUGUUUAAGGAGUGUGCCCUGUUUCUGGUCCAGCUGGUCACCGAUGUGUUGGAGACCCCGGUUCGUUUCUGUGGUACUCGUAAGCGUAAGUAUUCUGAUGAGUAGACUUAUCAGCCAGCUUGAGGCUGUUGUGAUAAAUAUUUCUUAGGGGCGUGGCAAACAGUUUAGAACCAACCCUUUAUGUUUGGAUGUGUUAUUAAUGGAUUUUAAAUGAUAUGUAUCUUGGGUAGUGUUUUCUCA